AAUAAAAUUACUGUUUUCUUUUCCCAGAUUAGUUUCAAAAAUGUCACAUACACCCUCCAAUACUAAUCAUCAUCAUAGGAGUCAUUCGAGAAAACUGUCUCAACUAAACAGCCAAUUGUUUAGGGAAACAGCCCACUCUGGUUUGCAGAGUUUAAUAGAGGACAACGUUGCAGAGGAAGAUAAAAUCCACAGAAAAGGGGAAAAAGAAUCAGCUAUAUUUGAAAUAGUUCCUAGUUUGGAACUUUUCCUACCACGUUUGAUGUUUAGAAUUGGAAUCAUUGCAAAGUCCAUCAAGGAAAAGGUCCUUACAAUUUUACAUCAUUUGAUAAUGUGUAUAUGUCAUUUCUUCUGGAUUGUAAACACAAAACUCGCCUAUGUGUCAGAGUGGAAAACUGACAUCCGUAUUGCAAGCUGCCGUCAUCGGCAUUGGAUGGCUUUCUCAACUUCUGGAGAUUUGACCUACUUUAGUCGAAGUGUAUUCGAUGCAAUAUGGCUUGUAUUUUUGGCAAUGUUGGGCAUUAUUCUAACGUUGUAUGAGUUGGUUAUUAACAUUAUGCUUACAUUAAAUAGAUUUGUAUAUUUGGGUCUACGUGCUAGCCUUCUAAACAUUUUUAUAAUUUUUUAAUUUUAUUGAAUUUAUCAAUAAAUUUUGUUAAGUUUCGCUGCUA